CAGUCUGCGCCACGGUGCUGAACGAAUAGCAAGGUGAAAUUUUGUCUUCGUCUCAUUCAGAAACAGUUACAUACAUCGCUUUAAGCCGCUAUGUCAGAAAUCGUGGAGAACUCGAAGCGCUUUAAAAUUCGUUGAUAUUUGUGCCUAUGAAUUGUUGAAUACGGUGAGAGGUAAGCGUUACCACAGCGUCGAUUGUAAAUUUCAAACAAAUCCUAUGAAAGAAGUGUCGGACCGAAAAAUCAUACGAUAAUAAUUUCAUCGUGAAUGGUUAAGGAUAUACGAUGUCGAUUCAGCGCGUGCUGGCAACCAACCCUUCUGAUAAAAAUAAUCAGCCACCACGAGACCCUUGCAAUACUGAUAUCGUAAAAGUUGCGAUCAAUACUAUCGCGGACCUGAAUCCAUGAAUGCCACACUUGUUCAGAUCUUCUGAGCAACAGACCGCAAACGGUUAACAGUCGUUAACCGAGAUAUUCAAGUGUUCAUGGAUUCGAAGUUCAGACAAUAUAUUUAAUGAAACUUUCGCGAACUGUUCAAGUCCGCUAGUAAUGAGAAGCCAGGUGUAAUGAAUUGUCGGUUGUCAAAGCGUCAAGUAUGCAGGAAUCCCAAAUGGUUGGUUGCUUCAAAAACUGUGUUUCCGGACUCAAGAGGAGUGAAUUAAACGACAUUACGAACAAUAUAUACAAAACUUUAGAACAUCCUUCCGGAAAGGAGAUGCUUUACUUUUAUUUGAACUCUCAGAACCAAUCUGACAAUAUUAAGUGUUUGGAAUUGUACGAUAUGUGUUCACAGAUUUUGCAAUCGGACGGCAAGGAACAGAAAUUAUCACUGGACACGUUAAUUAAUCGAGUUGAGGUCGUACGGAAUAAUGCAGUAGAUGUACCGCCGAUAGAUACGAAUCUAAUGAGAUGUUUCAACCAAGCGUUAAAAAGUCAAGGAGAGCAAAGGAAAGAUUUGAUCGACGUAUUGGAGAGGACGAAGGAUUGUUGUUCCGGACAAUUGCGGAGCAUCCAUGAGGAUUUUCAACAAUACGUGACAGACAACCUGGCCACAUCCUGUCCGGGAACAUCAUGAUUAACAAACACAUAUCGUAUUUUAUACUUUUUUAAACAUGUUAAUAUAGACUCAAAGUGAUGUUCUGUACUUUAUGCUGCAAACAAAUUAAAUAUAUUUUGUAUGCAUUAAUUUGCGAUACUUGACAAUAUAGGCGUAUUUAUUUCGUG